AUGCUGACGCGACGCGCGACGAUUCAUCCACCGCGCGUCGCGAUCCGGUCGCGACGCGCGACGCGCGCGCGCGAUGGACGGCGGCGCCGCGACGCGCGCGUCCGCGCGAGCGCGCGGAUCACGCUCGUGCGCUGCGACGUCAAGGCGGAGGCGAUGGAUGAUUUUCUGCGAUUGACGGAGGAAAACGCGCGCGCGAGCGUUCGCGAGGCGGGGAACGUGCGCUUCGACGUGCUCCGGGACGAGAAGGAUAGAAAUUUAGUGACGCUGGUCGAGAUAUACGCCGACGACGCGUCGGCGGCGAAGCACAAGGAGACGAAGCAUUACGAGACGUGGCGAGACGAAGUCGCGGAUAUGAUGGCGGCGCCGCGGAGCGCGGAGACGUAUCUGGCGAUCGAACCGAACGACGACGCGUGGACGUACGCGAACGCCGUGACGUGGAACGAAGACGAUGAUCAGAGCGAGAUGGUGAACGCGAGUUGCGUGCACGUGCACUGCGAAUGCGCGGCGGGCGACGAGGCGGCGUUUGCCUCGGCGUGCGCGAAGAACGCGAGCGAAUCCGCGUUAGAGGAUGGGAAUUUGCGCUUUGACGUGUUCCAGAGCGCCGAGAGCGCGCGAAAGUUUUUAUUGGUUGAGGUGUACGACGGCGCGGCGAGCGCGGUGGCGCAUAAAUCGACGCCGCAUUACGAGGCGUGGCGAGAGGAAGUCGCGAACAUGAUGGCCCGGCCUCGCCAGGCGCGCGCGUACGACGUCGUGUUUCCGCCCACGAAAAUCAGUUGGCGCGGCGACGCGUGCGGCGACGCGUGCGACACGACGUGGUGA